CGGAAUGUGCAUAUGUAGCCACUCUUAUGUAAAUUGUACGAUAGGUCCACUCUACAGUCCACGCUCUCAGUUGUCUGUACUCUGCAGUCAUAGACGCAAAGCUGUAAACAAUCACAUCUGCAACUGAGUUGUUUGUACGUUCGACACGCACUGAUGGAUUGAUUAUGCAGCAAGCAGUCUCGCAUACAACAGACUAUAUCAACUUGAGAACAUACUCUUCUGAGUUUGUAGAUAUAGGUUUGCCCGAAGUCGACGACCCUUUACAACACAAUGUCUCUGUGCAAUCACAACACGAUGCCCUUGUGGUGCUGUCUGAAUCUACAGAGGAGGCAGAUACAAACACCAUUUCACCUAUUCACAAUACAUGCUCUCUAAUUACGAAUAAAGUAGUACCGUUCAAACCGAACAAAUCUACUAAUAUGCGUUCACCUGUGAACAACUCCGAGUACAAUGCCGCUGCGACUUCUAAGGAGACGAGCAACAAUACACACACAAGCGAAGGUACUGUGGCAUUGAAGACCUUGAAGUCGUCUGAUCCCUUUAGCAAUGCAGACCAUGAAUUCCUUGAGGUAGCCCGCAGUGCACUCCUAUGUUCGGCUGUACCUCCGAUGAGCCAAGGCAUCCACUACGAUUUGACCGAUGACUAUGGACUAAGCACAUUUUCUGAAUACCAUCUACCUAGACAACCGUCGCCAUAUAUGCCUAGUGGUGUACGCAAGCCGACCCCAGCAAAUACGCUGACCUAUGGGCCGCAGAUUCGACAAG